AAUAUUCUUGCAGAGCCUCAUUGCACCUGCCAGCCCCUCUAACAACAAUGUCUAAUCAUUGUAAGAUUGAUCUAAUGUUUGCAAACCAGGGCUUGGUUUAGUGGUGAAAGAGACUUGUCUCCUUCUACUGUAUUUGGGUUCGAGUCCUGGUGUGCAUGCCUAUCAUCCCCGCGGUACUUUAUAUGCCUACUGAGUUUGCAAGGUAUUCAGUGGGCCGUGAGGAUUAGUCAUGGUACGCGCAAACUGACCUGAACAUCCCACAUAAAUCAAAAAAAGAAAAAAGAUUGAUCUAAUGUUCUAAAUAUGGUGUUGAUAUUACCCUGUUUUAGAGAGAAUGGAAAAGUGCUUGCAAAAUGAUCAUGAGAAUGAUAAAGGACAAAAGGAAGACUGGGAGCUACCACUCUUUGAGUUCACUGCAAUAGCUAAUGCCACCAGCAACUUUUCGAUCAACAAUAAGUUAGGAGAAGGUGGAUAUGGACCUGUCUACAAGGGUAAGCUAGAAGAUGGACAAGAAAUUGCUGUCAAGAGGCUGUCAAGGAGUUCUAGACAAGGAUUAAAUGAGUUCAAAAAUGAAGUGAUACUACUUAACAAGCUUCAGCACAGAAAUCUUGUGAAGCUUCUUGGUUGCUGCAUUGAGAGAGAGGAGAAAAUGCUGAUUUAUGAUUACAUGCCCAACGGAAGCCUGGACUCGUUCAUUUUCAAUGGGACAAAAGGAAAAAUGUUAGACUGGUCAAGGCAUUUCAACAUCAUUUCUGGGAUUGCAAGGGGGCUUCUCUAUCUUCAUCAAGAUUCCAGAUUGAGAAUUAUACAUAGAGAUCUUAAAGCAAGUAAUGUUUUACUUGAUGAUCACAUGAAUCCAAAAAUUUCUGAUUUUGGUUUGGCUAGAAUGUUUGUUGCUGACCAAACUGAAGGCGACACAAGCAGAGUUGUGGGAACUUACGGUUACAUGGCACCGGAAUACGCUACCGAUGGUCUAUUCUCAGUGAAAUCCGAUGUCUUUAGUUUUGGUGUCUUAUUGCUUGAGAUAAUAAGCGGAAAGAAAAGUAAAGGGUUCUACCAUCCAGACCAUAGCCUUAGCCUUGUUGGACAUACAUGGAGAUUGUGGAAUCAAGGCAAAGCAUCAGAGUUUAUUGACGCACUGAGAGAUGAGUCAUGCAAUCCCUCAGAAGUGCUGAGAUGCAUACACAUUAGCCUCUUAUGCGUGCAACAGCAUCCUGAUGACCGGCCAAGCAUGGCCUCUGUCGUGCGGAUGCUCGGAGGGGAGAGUGCAUUGCCUAAGCCAAAAGAACCAGCUUUUCUUAAUGACAGAGGUCCACUUGAAUCAACUUCCUCCUCAAACAAGGUUGGAUUAUCUUCAACCAAUGAGAUUACUGUCUCAGUCUUAGAGCCUCGGUAGCUAAUUAAUGGAUAUGAAUUUUUCACUAAUUUCACAGGUUGUGGUAAUAUUAAUUAUUGAACCUAUAUUCCUUUAGCUGGUAAGCUUAACGAAUUAAUAAGGUCUGGUGAUAAACUUUUUAGCAGGAUCGA